GUGUGUGUGUGUGUGUGUGUGUGUGUGUGUGUGUGUGUGUGUGUGUGUGUGUGUGUGUGUGUGUGUGUGUGUGUGCGUGUGUGCGUGCGUGUGUGCGUGCGUGCGUGCGUGCGUGCGUGCGUGCGUGCGUGCGUGCGUGCGUGCGUGUGUGUGUGAACGAAUAUUUUGCCAGGAAUCAUUAUCGAGACUGGAAUUGUUUUGCUAAUCAUGUAACAAGAUUUUGUUUUUGUUUUAGACGAAAUCACAAAGUUGAACUAGGUAGCUUCUCUAUCCAAUUUCUGGUGUUAUUUCCACUGUAGCUUUCAGUAGCUUUUUCAUCUCUUUUUUUGUCUUUCUCUCAGUCUCUUUGCGGUUAACAAGUUCCUCUGUCUGUCACGUUGUCUUAUCGUGGUUUAACAGGUUCCCUUUACUUGUUUCAAUCAUGACACAACUUGAUGGCAGCAGUGGCUGAACCAAGGUGCCGUUUUUCUACUUCCCAUUUACAUGCAUUGGUGAGCUUUUCCUACAAGCCAGUAGUCAGACCCGGGGAAAGACCAUGCACUGCAGGGGCGACGGUUGGCUUCCUCUGGGUCUCAUGGAAACCAGGAUGACGGACAGGUCUCUGCUGACGUUGCUCCUGCUGCUGGUGGGCUGCUCAAUCGGCUCCCGCGCAGACGACAAGAACUUCAAGUUCUGUGGCAGCUGGCGCCACGGCAACAACACCCACACACUGAACUACGACCUCUCGCCCGGCUGUGAGAACAUCACCGUGUCGGCCAAUGACAGUUCACUGUCGGUGGUCGGACAGAUCACCUCUCAGUGCACCAAGUCCGGGUCCAAGUCCUUGAAGAUUGACUCGGUAGCUCUGUGGACCGAAUUCUGUGUGCACUGGGAACCUCUGGAGGACCACCUCUGGCUGGAGCUUCCCGAGCAGAAGCUGCACAAGCAGAAUUUCACCCUAUGCGAGCCCUCGUGCACGCAGACCUGCUUGUGCACAAAUCUGGCGCCUGAGGGAGGGAACCGGCCAGACGGAGUGUAUGGCAUCGCCAACGGCUCCAUCCGAGGAGAUCCACUCGAGGAUAAAGUGCUUACAGCCUACCUCUUUUUGGGAGAACCCAUCGACACAGGAGAGGAGCCCUGUGACAACGCCAGCCAGAGAUCCAACCAAGUGAACAUCACCAAGGGGAUCGAGAUGGGCUCUCAUGUGGUGGGUAAUGUGGACCUGCCGAAAACCAACGCCACCGUGGUGGAGUUGAAGGAGAACUACCACUGCUUUGACUUCAAGGCCCCCGCCCCCUACGGUGCGGACCCAGAGACCCUCCCCUCCAUCCACCUCCCCGCCUCUCUGAAACCAGCCCCCGGGAAGACAGCCAAGCUGGUGUGCACCUUCUUCAGAAACAAGACUCUGUUCCAGGAGCCGAAGAGGGAUGUGAAAAUACUGGAGGAUGUGGUGGGAAUUACCGUGGAGAAUGAAGUCAUCACUAAUCUGAGCGAACCCAUCAGGAUUGGUUUCCACCACGAAGCCUUAAAUAAAACCCAUUCACGAAAAUGUGUCUCGUGGGACACCAAGACAGAUCCACAGAAGGUCAACUGGAAGGAGGAUGGAUGUGUGACAGAAGUCAUGGGAGCCAAGAAAACAGAGUGCCAAUGCUACCAUCUGACAUACUUCACCAUAAUGGUGCGACUGGAGCGUCGAACUGUGCCCCACCUGCUGGCCCUGACAGUCAUUACAUCCUUGGGCAACGCCGUGUCCACCAUCAGCUGUGUUGCCCUCCUCAUCUUCCUCUGCAACAAACGGAGAGUGAAGGAGCAGUCUUCCCCGGUCCACCUGGGUUUAGCCGUGUCGCACUUCCUCCUCAACCUGCUCUUCCUCCUCAACCUGCUCUUCUUCUUCACGGGGACUCUGGCCAACGUGGGAGGGGAGGGGCUCUGCCGCUGGGUGGGGCUGGGGCUCCACUACGCCCUGCUCAGCUCCUUCACCUGGAUGGCCAUGGAGGUGUUCUACACCUUCUGGAUGGUCUACAUGGUGUUUAGCACCUCCCCCACAGCCUACUUCUGGUACCUGAUAGGCUUUGCUCUACCAGCUCUUCCAGUCCUCAUCCUUGUACUCAUAGGAAAAAUUUACGGUAUAAUGGAGGUGGGGCCCAGCGAUGAUCCCUCCAACCCCUACUUGAUGUGUUGGAUGAGGAACACUCCACAGGCCCUGCUGGCCCACUACCUGAUCAACAUCAGCAUGCUGGUGGGCCUGGUGUCCUCAGGCCUGCUCAUGCUCUUCCUGGCCUACUGGAAGAGCCGCACCCGGAACGAGUGGAGGCACAAGAAGGUGGUCUUCCUCAGCAUCUGGGGGCUCAGCUGUCUUUUCGGGACCACCUGGGGCCUGGGCUUCCUGGACUUUGGACCCCUCAGCACCUUCGUCCUCUUCCUGUCCUGCAUCCUCAACUCGUUUCAAGGGUUCUUCCUGAUGCUGCGGUUCUACGUGCUGGGCUGGAUGAAGAGGCGUGAAGAGGGAGACUCGACCCUGGGAAGUAGCAGCCUGACCGGCUCUACCAGGCAGCAGAUGCUACAAGUCCAGGAGAAACAGUAGCAAGAGAAGCCGGAGGCCUCACCACUUAACUGGAGACGAAAGGACAAAUAGGGGACAAGACCUGUGGUUCAACGACGCAUGGGCCUUUGUAUAGCCGUGCAUGAGGCGUGAGACCUUGGAGGCUUUCAGUUCCUGUGUAUCUACUCAUCUGUCAUUUUUGUUUCUGGUCUAAAUUCAUUGUGAUUGUUAGAAGUGUUUCCAUGUCACCUUUAGUUUGAGAUUCUACGCAUACAGAGUUAAGGUAUCAAACACUGGCGCUGUUAUUUCUACUGGUGGCGAGCGGGAGAAGCCCCCCCUGUGUUGUACUCCAGGAAGUAUCUCGUAGGCAAAUGAAGAGGCGGUCUGGUCUGUGACGAGGGGCUGAGGCGGCCGGCUCCUUCUUGGCCGCCAUCCAACAGUGCAGGACUGGGGCCUGUACUUCAAACAAACUCUAUCAGAACUGGGUUGAGUCUAGUUCAUAAGGUUUAAAGUGGAUUUAUUAUAAUUUGUAUUCUUAUUUUUAAACUGUUUUAUGAAAAUGAAAGGGUAAUACUCCAAAGGUGUUUUAUUUUUCUCCUUCUUAAAGACAAGCUGUGUUAUUUCAACCUCUGAUAAGCUUUUUUGUACAUUUCCUUUCUGUUUUUGUGAUUCUUAAGACUUGAUUUUAUGCUCACAUCACUCCCUUGAAGCAGCACUUUAGUUAUUUUUCAGCAAGCGUUGUGAUGUACCAAUAGCACCUUUUCACUCUGGCUCUCUGGGACUUUUAUUUUGCAAGUUUUCGCCGAUACAGAGACCUGAUUCCGUCAAUUACAGUACAAUUCAAGGUUAGAAUAAUACUGUUGAAUAAAAUAAAUCUUUCACUGUU